AUGGAUACCUACAGAGCACACAACCCACUUCUCUUCGUCUUCUUCCUCACCCUUGUCGCAGGCGGUUUGUCACUUACCUUCAAUUUCAAAAACAGCUGUAGUUACACAGUAUGGCCAGGAACAUUAACAGGAGAUAACAAGGCCCAACUCUCUUCAACUGGUUUCGAGUUGGCCUCUGGAGCUACAAGUUCCGUAGAUUUCACGGCUGGUUGGUCAGGCAGGAUCUGGGGUCGAACAUAUUGUUCAUCUUCAAGUGGAAGUUUUAGUUGUGAAACCGCAGACUGUGGGUCCAGUCAAGUUUCUUGCAAUGGUGCAGGAGCAAAUCCACCAGCCAGCUUGGUAGAAUUCACUAUUGGAAGUAGUAGCACAGAGAAGGACUUCUACGACAUCAGCCUUGUGGACGGAUUCAACUUGCCGGUCUCAGUGGCUCCACAAGGUGGAACCGGUGAUUGCCAAACGGUGGGAUGUUCAGGUAAUGUGAACUCGGUAUGCCCUUCCGAGUUGAGUGUGACGGGUGCUGAUGGUAUUACAAUUGCUUGCAAGAGUGCGUGUGCUGCGUUAGGGAAGGAUGAGUAUUGUUGCACUGGUGCCUAUAAUACGGCUGCCACUUGUCCACCCACGAGCUACUCGCAAAUCUUCGAGGAACAGUGUCCUCAAGCCUACAGUUACGCAUAUGAUGAUGAGACAAGCACAUUUACAUGCGCCGGUGCUAAUUACCUCAUCACCUUCUGCCCUUAGAAAUGGUUGAUGAUUUCAAAAGCUUGGAAUCCAGAAAAAUAAAUGGAUAGA